GAAGCUACAAUGAAGCUACAAUUGGCACUCCUCUUGUUUGGCUUGACUUUGGCCUUGGGCCAGAUUGUUCCCCGAAGUAGCUGGACUCCUGUGCCGCUCUCUCCGAGAUUGCCAAGGCUGAUGGGACCCGUUCGACUCAUAAUCGUCCAUCAUACGGUCACGGGUCCUUGCUUCAAUCCUCAUCAGUGCCAAUUGGCUCUGAGGCGGAUUCGAGCCGAUCAUCUGCGCAGGAAGUUCAGGGAUAUAGGCUACAACUUCUUGAUCGGAGGCGAUGGCAGGAUCUACGAAGGAUUGGGCUUCGGCAUACGGGGCGAGCAUGCACCCAACUAUAAUAGCCAAUCCAUUGGCAUCGCUUUCAUUGGCAAUUUCCAGACUGGCCUACCUCCGCCUCAGAUGCUCCAAGCUGCCCGAACUCUCAUCCAAAUUGCCGUGCAGCGUCGACAAGUUUUGCCCAAUUAUGCUCUGGUGGGACAUUGCCAAACGAAGGCCACAGCCUGCCCCGGAAAACACCUUCUGGACGAGCUUAGAAAGUGGCCUCGCUGGCAGCCAAAACCUUAUUAGAAAGUAAUCCCUCCCAAAUCCUCAUUGCGAUUGCAAUAAGUCUGAAUCGAAUAUUUGAAUGUUCAAUUUUUUUUCAUAUACACAAAUUUCCUUAAUUUCUUCACCCUUUUCCAUUGAAAAAUGUAUGUAAAUAUUUAAAUCUUUUAUAGAAUAUUGGCAAAUAAUAAGAAAAAAAAUUA